AUGUGGAUGUUCUUGCGGAUACCAACAGUCUGGAUGGCAGUCUUGAUUCUGCCAUGCCUUUGUGGAACCUUGCUGAAAGGAAUGCAGCAUAAUAGGCACUCUCUUGUUGGAUCACUUGAAAGAUUCGGAGCCUCAUUCUGCAUCGGCCCGAACUUUCGACUUCCCGUAUACAGCUACAUAAAUGAAACUACAUCUAAUCUCGUCCUACCGGUAAUACCAGUCAUUGCAAGCACCCACCCCAGACCCGACCGAUUGCGCAACAUCAUCUCUUCGGGCUCCGAAGCACACAUCCUACCUCCGAAAUCCCAUUUACCCAUACUUCCUGCCUCCAUCCCCGACGAUGCCGCGAUGUCAAUAACUUCUCCCAGCAUCCUGACCCCUUUGAGCUUUCCCCGAUCACACCGAAAUCCAGUACCAAAGCCUUCCUCAGAUGCGAUUUCUGGCGGAGUGGUGUCAGAAAAGACAAGAAAGGAGUUGCAGCGGAGUUGUUUUGGCCUAAUCGUUUGCCUGGUUGUCGCUGUUGUAUGGCUCUAA